AUGAUCGAUGACCGGCUAAACUUCAAUAGCCACUUCGACUACGCAUGUGAGAAGGCGGCGAAGGCCAUCAAUGCGAUAGCCAGAAUCAUGCCUAACAAUUCUGGACCAAGCAGCAGCAAGAGGCGUCUUCUGGCUAGUGUAUCGUCGUCGAUACUGAGGUAUGAAGAUCCAGCCUGGGAUGCUGCGUUGAAAACGAAGAAGAACCAAAGAAAAUUGAACAGUACGUUCCGCCUCAUGGCCAUGCGAGUCGUGAGUGCGUACAGAACAAUUUCGACGGAAGCAGUAUGCGUUAUCGCCGGAAUGAUACCCAUCGUCAUCACCUUGGCGGAGGACACCGAAUGCUAUAUGUGA